ACUCAAGCUCAUCCAUGCAGCAUUUUUUCUAUAACAGGGUUUAUUAGCAGCAGGCACAGGUACUUCAACUGACACAAAUGAGUGGGCGAUGACUCUCCUCCUCAACAAUCCAGAAGCGUUGAAGAAGGUGAGGGACGAGAUUGACGCUCAAGUAGCAAAUCAUGUCCGCCUGCUGGAGGAAUCAGAUCUCUCCAAUCUUCCUUACCUCCAGUACGUCAUCACCGAAACUCUUCGGUUGUACCCAGUAGUCCCACUCAUGCUGCCUCAUGAAUCAUCCCAAGAGUGCAACGUGGGAGGUUUUCAUAUUUCACGCGGAACGAUGCUGCUGGUCAAUGCAUACUCAGUUAACAGGGACCCCAAGGUAUGGGAGGAGCCUGCAAGGUUCAUGCCGGAAAGAUUUGAGGGUGCGAAAGGGGAAGGGAAGUUGAUGAUCCCCUUUGGGAUGGGAAGGAGAAGGUGCCCGGGUGAAGGCCUUGCAAUGAGGGUGGUUGGCCUAGCAUUGGGAGCCUUGAUCCAGUGCUUUGAGUGGGAAAGAACUGGAAAGGAGGAGGUGGACAUGGCAGAAGGCUCGGGUCUAUCUAUGCCCAAGGCUAUUCCUCUAGAGGCCAUGUAUCGGCCACGCCAAAUCAUGCUGGAUACUCUCGAGAAACUCUGAGUCGUUUCUGCACGCUUUGUACGUAAUCCAAGAGGAUCUAGUAAGAUCCGUUUAGUAGUAGUUCGACUCUGUGUGUAGCUCCUUCAAUAACUAGUGUUCGGUUUAGCCGCAUGCAGAUCUACUUUGUCAGAUUUCUUCUUUGGAUAUAUGGUCAGCCCCGUAGGCUAUCACGCGAAUCAUUUACUAUUGACAGA